GAACGUUCAGGCUCAUGGCCUGGAAAGGGUACAUAUUCACGGUAUGGACCGUGUCUACUGGUCCACUCCGGGACGAGUCGAAGGUUAUACGGAAUAGUUAAUGAGAACAAAGAGUUCUGUCGGAAUAAUGGCCGCCCAGACUGUUACCCUACAAGGAGCUGAAGGGCGCUCGAUAGAGAUCCCAACUGGUCUGUUUAUCAACAAUGAGUUUGUUCCAUCUUUGACUGGAACCACUCUUGAUACCACAAACCCAGCGAAUGGGGAUCUCCUGGCAACUAUCGCAGCAGCCAGCGAAGAAGACAUCAAUGCUGCAGUUCAAUCUGCGAAAGAUGCUUUCUACACAACCUGGAAAGCAACUCCUCCCACCACCCGUCAAUCGUUGAUGCUCAAGCUGGCCGACCUCAUCGAACGAGAUGUCGAUGAGUUCGCGAAUCUCGAAGCUCUUGAUGGCGGCAUUCUCCUCAGCGGCUCGAAGGGGAUGCAUGUUCCCCAUUCCGUCGAGACAUUGAGAUAUUUCGCCGGGUGGGCAGAUAAGAUCGAUGGAAAAUCUAUUGCUAUCCCCAGUGGCAUUGCCUACACUCACAGGGAGCCUCUUGGUGUUUGUGCAGCCAUCGUGCCUUGGAAUGCGCCGCUGAUAGUCACGAUGUGGAAGCUAGCUCCUUGUAUCGCCGCUGGAAAUACGCUGGUUCUCAAGACCUCGGAGCUUACUCCUCUCUAUGGUAUCAAGCUGGCUGCAUUGAUUAAAGAAGCAGGUUUUCCUGCAGGUGUUGUGAACAUCGUAACCGGACUUGGAGCUGUGGCAGGGAGAGCGCUCUCUGAACAUAUGGACGUGAGAAAGAUUGCCUUCACUGGCAGCACCCUUACGGGACGCGCCAUCAUGAAAGCCGCCGCGUCUUCGAAUCUGAAAAAGGUCACCUUGGAACUUGGUGGCAAGGGCCCAACCAUUAUUUUCGACGAUGCUGACCUGCAAAAUGCUGUGUUUUGGGCCACGCUCGGUAUUACAGCUAACAAUGGCCAGAUCUGUGUCGCAGGUUCAAGAAUAUAUGUUCAGGAGGGUAUCUAUGAAAAGUUCAUUGCUGCAUUCUCCGCCGCUUCCACAAAAGCCGUUGCCGGCGACCCUCUACUGAGCAAUACAACCAAAGGCCCCAUCGUUAGUGCCGAUCAACACUCGAAGAUCAUGGGGUAUAUCAAAAAGGGCCAAGAUGAAGGAGCUCGUCUGUUGCACGGCGGAGGCCAGCCCGCACCUGGUUACAUCGAGAACACGGCCUUCGUCGACGUCAACGAGGACAUGACGAUCAUGAGGGAGGAGAUCUUUGGCCCUGUGGCGGCCAUUUCCAAAUUCAAAACAGAAAGCGAGGCUAUCCAAAAGGCAAAUAAUACCGAAUACGGCUUGAGCAGUGCCAUCUUUACGAACAAUGUUUCUAGAGCUGAUCGUGUAAGCCGAGCGCUGGAAAGCGGACAGGUUACCGUUAAUUCAUGGGGUAUGGUCCACGCGAAUGUGCCGUUUGGAGGCAUUAAGAUGAGCGGGUUUGGAAAAGAUAUGGGCGAGGAAUCGUUGGAUGGCUGGACUGGCACAAAAACAAUCAAGUACCACACUCUCCCGGAGGUUCCUAAUUAGUUGUAAACCAUGAGACCCGCGGAAAAGCUACGAGAGAAAUCAUCCUUGGAUGAUUGAAGUGUCGACUGGAAAUUUUCUGGGUCAUUGCUUUUUGGAGUUUGUUGGACCAUUGCAUGGCGUGUGACACAGUUGAUGUAUUCGAAUGCAGAGUGCCCCAU